UCGUUCAUUCUCUUUGGAUUGUGCCCUCCGAACGGUUCGGAAGUUCUAGACAGCGCGCGGCCUUUUGCUAAGGAAAAUCAUCUAAAUUCCCCGUUUUUGUGGUGUGUUGAGUGAAGCAGGAACAAAAGCAUAAUGUCGGGCAAAAAGGCUGAUCCCUAUGGUUUCGCCAAGGAUUUCCUGGCCGGUGGUAUCUCCGCUGCCGUGUCCAAGACCGCUGUCGCUCCGAUCGAGCGUGUCAAGCUGCUGCUGCAGGUCCAGGCCGCUUCCAAGCAGAUCACGGCCGAUAAGCAGUACAAAGGUAUUAUUGACUGCUUCGUUCGUAUCCCGAAGGAACAGGGCUUCGGAGCCUUCUGGAGAGGCAACCUCGCCAACGUCAUCCGGUACUUCCCGACCCAGGCGCUGAACUUCGCCUUCAAGGAUGUCUACAAACAGAUCUUCUUGGGUGGCGUCGACAAGAACACUCAGUUCUGGCGCUAUUUCCUCGGAAAUCUGGGAUCCGGUGGCGCUGCCGGAGCCACCUCGCUGUGCUUCGUCUACCCGCUCGAUUUCGCCCGUACCCGUCUGGGUGCCGACGUCGGUCGCGCCGGAGGUGAGCGUGAGUACACCGGUCUGAUCGAUUGUCUGAAGAAGACCGUCAAAUCCGACGGCAUCGUCGGUCUGUACCGUGGCUUCAACGUGUCGGUCCAGGGUAUCAUCAUCUAUCGGGCAGCCUACUUCGGUUGCUUCGAUACCGCCAAGGGAAUGUUGCCAGACCCGAAGAACACAUCGAUCUUCGUGUCGUGGGCCAUCGCACAGGUUGUGACGACGGCUUCCGGUAUUAUCUCGUAUCCAUUUGACACAGUCCGACGACGCAUGAUGAUGCAGUCUGGCCGUGCCAAGGCCGAUAUCAUGUACAAGAACACCCUGGACUGUUGGUACAAGAUCAGCAAGAACGAGGGCACCGGUGCCUUCUUCAAGGGUGCUUUCUCCAACGUUCUACGUGGUACCGGUGGCGCUCUGGUGCUUGUGUUCUACGAUGAGCUCAAGGCUCUGAUGGGUUAGAUUUAGGAAGUAAGCAGCGAAAGGGCAAAAACGAGACGAGGGUGAGGAGAAAAAGUAUAAGAAAGCAGUAGCAGCAACCGCGUCAACAACUAUUAACUACAACAACAAAAGUAAUACCACAACAACAUCUAAAUCAAUUUAAGUCGAAAAAAAACGGCAGUAAAAUCAGUAAACGCUAUCGAUUAUUUAAUGCUAGAAAGAAACUCACUUGAACACGACAAGCCAAUGCUAAGCGUUUAAAGCGAACCUACCUACUACGAGAUCCGCGUUAGUUAUCGGGAAACGGAACUUGCUAUUUCCUUCCUAGUAGCAGGACCCCAAUGUCGAUCAUAAUGUGUUACAGCAGAAUUCGAACUACACAAAAUAAAAUGUUGAUUUUACUCUGACAACCGAA